GUCAACUUGAUGAGUCGCUCAAACAAAAUGUUUGGCGACAAGGCCUUCGAUUUACUUAAAGAUCUAAAACGUUCCGCUCAAACAAUUCCUGCCUUUGACGACGACGGCGUACGCCAAGUGCUCGAGGAGGUAAAGGCCAUAUUCGAGGAGAAUGUGGCGCAGGCGUCCAGCUACAGCAGCUCCGGCGAUCGCAGUCUGUGGCCGCUUCUUAACUACAGACAUGCAGCUCUGCAGCGGAACAAACGCUGCCUACUGGCCUAUCUGUAUGAGCGGAUGCAGCGCAUCAAGGCCAUGCGAUGGGAGUUUGGACCCAUCAUACCUAGUGAUAUCAAGCAGGCUCUAUGCGAGCCGGAAGUGCAAUUCUUCAAUAACUACUCCAAAUCCCUGGCUGCGUAUAUGCGGUCCAUAGGAGAUGGAAAAGGCAUCGAUUUGACUGGCAACUUGCGUCCGCCCAAAUCUCUUUACAUAGAAGUGCGCUGUUUGGAGAAUUAUGGAAAAUUCGAGCUGGAUGACGGCGAGAUAAUACAUUUAAAAAAGAAUAGUCAGCAUUAUUUGCCCCGCGCACAGGUGGAACCGCUGGUGCGACAGGGCGUAUUGCAGCACAUAGCUUAAAGUAUACAAAUGCAACAAUAUAAUUAUUCAUAUAAAUAAACAUUGAUUUAGUGCGAAUUCUAACUUGC